UUGUUUUAAUCUUACAAAGGUCAAUGCACCACAACCACCGACAUCAAUUAAAAUCUAACAAUACAAGUCCCAAUCUACAACCUUCAUUUUCCCCUUCUAGUCAUGCAACAUCACAAAUUCGAAAAUUAGAACAGCAAAAACAACAAUUAUUAUUAGACCAAUAUAAUCAAAAUAGAAAAAAGUUUAGUACAAUUUCAACAGCAGGAAGUCCCCAAAGUAUAGGUAGUUGUGUUGCUGCUGAGCAGGGAGAUGGGGGAGGGUGUGGACAAUGCCAUUAUUGUACUAUAAAUAACAAUAAUAUCGAACAAAGUCGUCGUUGUAAUUCACAUAGAAAAUGGAAAAGUCAUUUAAUGUCCAGACACAAAUAUUUAAUUGUUAUUGGAACUGUUUUAUUUGUUGAUGUCCUUUUUCUUUUUCCAUAUUCGGGUAUUCAAAUGGUGGCACUUUUACAUUUAAAUAAUUUACUUGCAACAUCUCAAAUGAGUACUUUAAUACGUUGGGGACUUCAAAUACUAAUUGGUGUUCAUUCUGUAUGCCAACCACUUUGUUAUUUCCGAAUGAAAGAAUUUCGCCGGCUAGCCUGUUGUUUAGGUGUUAGUAGACCUCGUCGUUAUAAUGGAAGUGGAAGUAGUUCUAAUUUUGCGCAGAACGUUGUUGGAGUUGGGGCAGGUGGGGGAACGCACAGCAAUCGUUCUGCUAGAUCUAUUGGAUCAUUUAAAGCUGCAACUAUUGUUCGAGAGGAUGACUGUUCAACUGUUUUAAAUCCUCCAAAGAAAAAAAGCAUUGUCCUUAGCACCAUGUUCUCGGAAAACGAUUCACCACCCGUUGGAAGUGCUAACACAACAGAAGAAACGGAAAAAAUAAAAUAUGAAAAGGAUAUACCGAUGAAUUCAUCGUCAGUUGGAGAAAGGCAAAUGCUUCUUAUCGCUCAACGUCGAAAAUGGACACGGAAUUUAAGUCUUUUGUGUAAAGAAGAAGGGGAAGAAUUACAAGUAUUUUUAAGUAGAGAAUAUAAAGGAAAUGAAGAAAAAGAAAAAUUUAAAAAUAGAAAAAAUGAAGAAAAUAAAACAAAAGGUGCUAAAAAGGGAGGUUCUUUACGAGGAAAAUUUUCUAAGAAUGAAGAAAAAUUAAAAGAUUCUUUUUUAUUAGAAGAAAAUAAUAAUAUUCGAGAAGGAAAAUAUUGGAAUUCUUUAGGAGAUUUUAAAACAGAAAGAAUAAAAGAAAGUGAUGAUAGUAUUGAACAGAUUCAGGUAAAAAAUUAUAUUUUUGAGAGAAAUUUCUCAACCUCAAACCUGCCACCUCCCCCAUCCCCAGUGAUCUAG